GUAUCCGCACCGUAUCCAAGACUACCGCGUUCUGCGUCUGACCCUUGAUCCAGCCAUCUAGCGAGAGUCUCUCUACUAGGUGUUGGUCGAGACUCUUCGCUACGAAACUGCUCGUUGAAACGAAUAUCGGGACAAUGAUCGUUGAAUCAACAUUCCACAUGGUGGUUAUUUCUUAUGCCAAGUCUAGGUACUUGAUGGACUUGUCCUCGGCUUUCACGAGAUUCUCAUCAUGGGGGAUGGUGACAACAGCACGGCCCGACGCUGCGAUCGGUCUAUCAGCACGAUGUCAGGCUUAUUGGCUACAAUAGUCCUGUCAGUGAUGACAGAUCGAUCCCUAGGGCCACGGCUAGACUGGGGAUAAUUGUCCCACGACACGUAUCGCUAGCGACGUCGGGUGAAGUGCCGCGACGUUGCCGGACUUCGCUCGACAUGUCGAGCGACAGUCCAUCAUAUGCAUGUAAAAACUAGGUGGUUAUUGUAGUACUUACGGCAUUUCGUGGUCCAAAAGGCCGUAUAGAAGACCAAAUUACAAUAUAUCAGUGCGAGCGAGAUGGACUGCGAUAGAAUCCACGCAGUCGCUAACGUAAACGUCAAAUGUCAACUCAUGGUAGCCGUUCAGCUCAAAAAGCUGUCUUUAUCGCAUUGCCCAAUAAUUAUUACUAAUUUUAUCGUCAUGGCGAUCGUUAAAUAACUUUUUUGUGGUAAAUUGUAAUUAAUUUUUCAAUUAUCCAGAAAUUAAACGACUUUUUUCCUUAAAUGACUGAUUGAAUGUCUUUAUAAACAAAUCAUACUCUUGCAAAAGUAUGAGUCAUGGAAUGGUGAUUUAGUAAAUUGUAUAAACACUUAUAAUUCCGGUAAUAUGAACUUCAAAAUAUUACUAAUCCUUCUUCCGACCUUUUCAUCGGCAAAAUCCAAGAUGGAUGCAUUUAUAGUAGGCGGGAGAGAGGUGUCCAUAGAUCUCUGGCCUUUCAUCGCGUUUAUCGAAUCAACCAAUAGCCGUAUGAUGGUUGCGGUGUGCGGGGGAUCUCUUCUAAGUUCACAGACUGUUUUAACAGCUGCACAUUGUUUGGACGAUAUCACGGAUAACAAAAGGGAAAUGGAUGAUUAUCACUUCACAAUAUACAUGGGUCACUCCGCUUACCACAAAGCCUCCAUAGCUCGCAGAGUGAAAGACUACGAGACACCACCACAAUACGACCCUGACAACGAAGACGUGGUAGCAGACAUAGGUGUCAUGUUCCUUCAUUUUCCGGUCAAGUUUCUGCCCAAUGUGAAGAAGGUUAUACUGUUUGAUCGCCGAUUUCGUUUGAGGAGGGAUAGGCUUAUGGUGGUUGCCGGUUGGGGUAAGACUGCUCCCGGUGAGAAAAGCUCAACAAGUCUCAUACUUAAGGCCGUCAGAAUGGUAGCAAUAUCUGCCAAAGCUUGCAAGCGCCAGAUCCCAUUCAUAGAUGUCAAUUUGGUGGUGUGUACUGCGCCAUCCGCGGAAUACGCUUACAGUGGAGACUCCGGCGGGCCACUGGUGAAACGUGCUAGCCACUACCAGAUAGGUAUAGUGUCCUUCCGUCACGAGGAUAGCGGCGUGACUGUGUUCACCAGCGUGCCUGAAUAUUACGACUGGAUAAACGAAACGCAGUUCACGCUUUACAAGACACAUUGCAAGAAAUAAAUAAGUUUUAAGUCGA